CUUCUGUCAUAUGAUGAAGCCAUAUACCAUUAAGAAACAGCCUCUGCAUCAGUUUUUCCAGAGACCACUUUUCCCAGUCCCUGCAACCUUAUGUAACACAGGAUUUGCCUGGUCACCAAGUCACCAACUAAUAUCUUUACAGGACAGUGACUUAAGCAAAAUGUAUGGGAGUUUAGUUUCAAUUUCUACUUUCCCAAGGAAAUGACUCAACAUCAGUUAGCUGGAACUGCAUGGCGAGUGAGAUACAUGUUUAUUCAAACACAAGAUACCCCAAAUCCCAACAGUUUAAAGUUUAUUCCAGGAAAACCAGUUCUUGAGACAAGGACCAUGGAUUUUCCCACACCAGCUACAGCAUUUCGUUCCCCUCUGGCUAGGCAGUUAUUUAGGAUUGAAGGAGUAAAAAGUGUCUUCUUUGGACCAGAUUUCAUCACUGUCACAAAGGAAAAUGAAGAGUUAGACUGGAAUUUACUGAAACCAGAUAUCUAUGCUACAAUUAUGGAUUUCUUUGCAUCUGGCUUACCUUUAGUUACUGAGGAAACACCUUCAGGAGAAGCAGGAUCUGAAGAUGAUGAUGAAGUUGUGACAAUGAUUAAGGAAUUGUUAGAUACUAGAAUACGGCCAACUGUGCAGGAAGAUGGAGGAGAUGUAAUCUAUAAAGGCUUUGAAGAUGGCAUUGUACAGCUGAAACUCCAAGGUUCUUGUACCAGCUGCCCCAGUUCAAUCAUUACUCUGAAAAAUGGAAUUCAGAACAUGCUGCAGUUUUAUAUUCCAGAAGUAGAAGGUGUAGAACAGGUUAUGGAUGAUGAAUCAGAUGAAAAAGAAGCAAACUCACCUUAAAUUAAUUUGAGUUUUCUUUGGGCCCAGCUGUUGGACUUGUUGAUAUAUAUACUAAGCUUUUAUUAUUAAUCUGCUAAGGAACUUGAGGAUUAAUAAAAUAUGCCCUUUCUUCAGAGAAUGAUA